AACAAUAUUUCGCUGAUAAAAAAAGGGUUAUUUGUUUUAAAAACAAGUUUUUAAAUAUGUGAGAAGUGAGAACAGUCCACCUUUCAUAAGUUAUAAAAUAAUGUUAAUUUCGAUCCAAACCGGUUUGAGAUUUAGUAAGAAACUUUAUUUAAGAUUUAUUGGGAUAAGACAUAAAACUACUGAAACUAUGAAAUAUCUUAAUGUAGCAGAAAAAAAUGACGCUGCAAAGAAUAUCGCAAUGCAUUUAUCAAGAGGGACUUCCAGACGGAGAGAAGGAUUAUCUCAGUAUAACAAAAUUUAUGAAUUUGAAGGAGAAGUAAUGGGACAAAAAUGCCAAAUGGUGAUGACAUCGGUAUCUGGCCACUUGCUAGGCCUAGAGUUUGUGGGUUCAUAUAAAAAUUGGCAAUCCUGCAAUCCGUUAACUCUAUUUGAUGCUCCAGUAUUUAAAUACUGCCCUGAAAACUAUGAAAAAAUAAAGAAAACAUUAGAAAGAGAAAUACGCAGUUGCCAGGGGCUGAUUAUUUGGACGGAUUGUGAUAGAGAGGGUGAAAACAUUGGUUUUGAGAUAAUAGAAGUAUGUUCUGCUAUCAAGAAUAAUUUAAGAAUAUUUAGAGCAAAGUUCUCAGAAAUCACAGCAGUAUCAGUUAGAAGAGCUCUACAAAAUUUGGAACAACCAAAUAAAAAUAUCAGUGAUGCUGUUGAUGUAAGGCAAGAACUAGAUCUAAGAAUAGGUGCCGCAUUUACCAGAUUUCAGACAUUAAGACUACAGAAAGUGUUUCCCACUAAACUAGCUCAAAGCUUGGUUAGCUAUGGGUCUUGCCAAUUCCCAACACUGGGAUUUGUUGUAGAAAGGUACAGGGCAGUGGAAAACUUUGUAGCAGAAGCAUUCUGGAAAAUUAAAGUGAAUCAUACAAUGAACAAUUUGAGUGUAGACUUCAACUGGGAAAGAAUAAGACUGUUUGAUCAAGAGGCAUGUCAAGUUUUGCAUGAUGUGUGCACUGAGUCACCUCUUGCUAAAGUCACAGAUGUUAAGACUAAACCCAAGUCUAAAUGGAGACCAUUGCCUUUGGAUACAGUGGAACUUGAAAAGUCAGCAUCCAGAAAACUGAAAAUUAAUGCAAAAGAAACAAUGCGAUUGGCUGAGAAAUUAUACACCCAGGGUUUAAUCAGUUAUCCUCGUACAGAAACUAAUGAAUUUCCUAAGGAAAUGAAUUUGGGACAACUAGUUGGAUUGCAAACUGGGGACCCUAAUUGGGGAGGUUUUGCUCAAAAUAUAUUGGAUAGCGGGGGACCUACACCACGACAGGGCAAUAAGAGUGAUAAGGCCCAUCCUCCUAUACAUCCAACAAAAUAUACUAAUAGUUUAAGUGGAAAUGAGCAACGUCUAUAUGAAUUCAUAGUUCGUUCAUUUCUUGCUUGUUGUUCCAAAGAUGCUCAGGGCCAAGAAACUACAGUCACCAUUAAUGUAGCAAAUGAAAUAUUUUCCGCAAAUGGUCUCAUGAUUACAGCUAGAAAUUAUUUGGAAGUUUAUCCUUAUGAUAAAUGGUCUUCAAAAGAAAUUCAUGUUUAUGAGAUGGGGCAAACAUUUAAUCCUACAAGUAUUGAUUUGGUCGAUGGUAACACUUCCCCACCGAAUCUUUUAACAGAAGCUGAUCUAAUUGCUCUGAUGGAAAAACAUGGUAUAGGCACAGACGCAACUCACGCGGAACAUAUAGAAACAAUAAAGAACCGAUCGUAUGUAGCACUCGCAGACGCCAUACAUUUUGUUCCCGGACUAUUGGGUAUGGGGCUUGUUGAAGGAUAUGACGCUAUGGGCCUUAAUAUAUCGAAACCUCAUCUAAGAGCACAGUUGGAAGCUGAUUUGAAAGCAAUAUCGGAGGGAAGAAAGCAACCACAAGUUGUUUUAGCGGAACAGAUAGCAAAAUAUAAAGAAGUUUAUCUAACCGUAUCAGCAGAGGCGAAUAAAAUAGAUGAUGCGUUAGCUGAAAGGUUUAGCGAGAGACCGGCCGAAUAUACGCCAACUGUAGAAAAUAUGCCUAGUGAUUUACCAUCAGUUUUCAAAUGCCCAAAAUGCGGAUGUGACAUGUUAAUUAGGCAGAGAAAAAAUAAUGCCGAUGAAUAUUACAUAAGUUGUUCGAAUUAUCCUAAUUGUAAAAAUGCCGUGUGGCUACCCAAUAUUGUGAAGACAUUGCAAGUGUUGCCAGAUACAUGUUCUGAUUGUGGUCCAAAUUACAAAAAGCUAAAAUUUGAAUGGCGGAACAAUUCAAUAAAUCAUAUUUAUCCUCAACCGUACGUUACUUGCAUUGGGGGUUGUGAUACAACCUUUUUAGAGCUACUCAGAAUAAAUCUGAGCAGUGUUAAAAAAACAAAUACCCAAAGUAGUGAAAGCAGUCGAAAUGUAGCCAAUAGCACUAGAACUAAUGCAGUGCCUCCUGCGACUACUAUGAGGCCAGCACAGCCAAGGCAAUUUACACCUCCAGCCACAGUAGUUAGAGCUCCAAAUCCCACGCCAGCUCCUAGAAUGCCAGUGCCAAGGAAUACUGGGAAUGUUAGUACUAGAUUCCCAACUCCAAGUAGUUCGGGAGACAACGACGAUAAUAACAUCCUAUGUGGAUGCAAUAAGCCGGCUAUUUUAUUGACUGUUCGUAAACAGAAUGCUAAUUUUGGUAAGAAGUUCUACAAAUGCCAAGCUGGUAAAGACAACAACGGUUGCGAUUUCUUUCUCUGGGCGCCAGAGUCUGUCGAUGGAAACGUCCAGAACAAUCUAGAAACUCCGCCCGCGAGUAAUUCUUGGGGAAAUUCGCAAUCUGGUUCAAAUAGGGGCUGGGGCAUAGCACCGAGUAUCAAUAGAGAUGAUUAUGCACCAAACGACGAUAAUGUUAUGUGCAACUGUAAUUUACCUUGUAAAAGGAUAACUGUGCAUAAGGAAGGUGCAAACAAAGGUCGACCGUUUUAUGGUUGUCCAAAGGAAUUCAACUCUCGUUGUACUUUCUUUCAAUGGGCGGACGAAGGAGCUACUAGUACUAGUACGACUACAGAAUGGCGCGGAAAUUCCACAAGAGGGCGAGGCAGGGGUCGGGCGGGAACCGACAGAACUGCGGGAGGGGAGGGGUCGCGGGGUCGCAAGUGUGGGUUAUGCCGGCAAGAGGGACAUACGCGGAAUAGAUGUCCUAAUGCUAAUUAGUUGGAUGUACAAAUUGAAUAAAAUAUUGCCACAUGUGAAUAUAAUUGGCAGCAACUACAAAUUGCCAUUGAUGUGAAAUUAGUUUGUACCUAGCUCUAUUAUAUAUAACUAGUCUAUCUUUUUUGUACUAGCUGUAUAAAUUAUAUAAAUAAACUUGUAAAACAAUUAGUAUACGUCAUACGAUAUUGGAGUCAUAGAUCUGCUAUGUAGUUACAUAGUACAUAGUAACUUUUACAAUAAAAAAAAGUUAUAGGUAAUAUGUUCUGUGCCUUUUUAGCCUUACUAAUUAUAAUUAAUCGACACAAUAUGUAAAUUAAAUAACUUGUUUAUAAGGAUCUAAUGAUUAAACUGUAUGUAGCUGUGAAUAAUAGCUAUAAUUUAUUAUUGUUUUGUUGAAUAUAAUACACAACUGUUAAUAUUUUGUAACUAGAAAUAAAAGAAAAUGUUCUUAA